UGUAUUUUGGCUGUCCACGACUUGAGAAUCAAACCCUUUUGCUCCCGGAGUGCACUGUCCAUCAUGACUGCUCCGUGGUCUCGUUCUAAGCUUUCUUGGCUCCUCAUGACGACCAUCGCCAUGGUUGAUGCAUCGAAACAUAAAUACAUUAUGUACUUGACUGGGCAGCACAACGUAGUGCCGAGACCAGAGUUGGUUGCGGAUGUCACCCAUGUUACUCUCGCUUUUAUGCGGUCUGACUUCUUCAACGAUGCAGGACGCACUGAAUGGCCGCUUUUUACAACCAUUGAAGAAGUACGCCCCAAGUUUGCUGUUGGGACAGCGAUACAGGUGGCAAUAGGCGGUUGGGGUGAUACGGACGGCUUCUCGAGAGCAGCAAAGACGAACGAGAGUCGGGAGUUAUUCGCAAGAAAUGUGAAGGCUAUGCUUGACGUGACUGGAGCCGAAGGGGUUGACAUUGACUGGGAGUACCCUGGCGGUAACGGCGAAGACUACAAGCAGCACCUCAACGGCGAGAAGGCCUGGGAAAUCGAGGCGUAUCCAAAGCUUCUCGCUGAGAUACGAACAGCCAUCGGCCCCUCACACAUCAUCUCUGCAGCGGUGCCUGGGUUACCACGGGAUAUGCUAGCCUUUACGCACGGCACGAUCCCUUUGAUUGCGCAGUCUGUUGACUUUUUCAACAUCAUGGCAUAUGAUUUGAUGAAUAGGCGGGAUAAUGUAACAAAGCACCAUACGGGACUGGACUUGUCACAGAGAGCGAUUAAUGCGUACCUCGAGCGAGGCGUUCCUUUCGAAAAGGCGAAUCUAGGAUUGGCAUUCUAUGUGAAGUGGUUCAAAACUGCGGCAGAUGCAGACUGCCAUAUCAGCCCCAUAGGAUGUAGGACGGACCUUAUGGAAGAUCCUAGCACUGGAGCAGAUUUAGGGAAGGCCGGGGCAUUUUCGUGGCACGAUGCGAUCCCACUCGAACUCUCCGAGUCGUUCAAACGGGCGAUAGCGGAGGGGAAAUAUGAGGAUGGAGGUUAUUAUUACUGGGAUGAAAAAGAGCGCUUAUUCUGGUCGUGGGAUACGCCCACGGCUAUUCAGUACAAGUUGCAUGCCCUUGUCGAGAAGUCGGCGCUCGGAGGUGUAUUUGCGUGGGGCCUUGGUGAGGAUGCACCGAAAUUCCAGCAUCUGAGAGCGGCGAACGAGGUGAUGAGAGGUCUGGUAUCGAGUACUUCGGAGCACGUGUACGAGGAGAGAAGUGAGCUCUAGAAUAAGUACCAUGUACAUGAAGUACGUCAAACCCGUCUGGUUUUCAGCUGUCUUAUCAUCUUUGACGCUUCAGAGAACCACAAUCAUAGAUCAGAGCGGGCGCGGCUCAAUAUCUGUCCGUAGGGCGCAUCCACAUAUCACGGUGUAGAUGAAAGAAAUGCAGGUGCUCAUGUG